CUUAGCCUUAGGUUUGCUCUCUUCUCUGCCUGAAUCCUUCAAUCAUCUCAGAUUCUCGAUUUCUCUCGAUCCUUCACUUCUACGAUCUUCGAAAGGGUUUUUGGGCGCAAGCACAUAAAUCUUAUCUUCUUCGGAGAAAACAUUUGUCGGCGACGCGCAUAACUUAAUGGAGGAGAAUACUAAUUGGAAACCUAAUGAACUAGGGGGAGCCUCCGCCGCCAAUAAUUCUAAUGAUUGGAGAUCACAUCUUGAUUCCGGAUUUCGGAAAUCCGUUCUUUCGAAAUUAGUUAACAAGUUGAAGGAACAUUUCCCAUUGAAAAGGGAAGAUAUGAUUAGAGAAGUUGCUUCCAAAGUUGAGGAGAAGGCUUAUAACACAGCCAUAGAUAAGGCUGAAUACGUCCGGAAACUCGCUGGAAAGAUGCAUGCAAUAGAACACUUACACAAAACUGGACAAUUGGGUUCUUCUGUCCCUAGAGCCAAUACUUCAGGUCCAGUAGCUAUGAAUCAAGUGCAACCAACGCCGACCUCAUUGCCAUAUACACAGACUCCAACAAUCCAAAACUGGUUACCGCAAAACGCGCAGAGCAAUCUCAACAUCCCCGGGUCAUCUCAUUUGCCAACUCAAGUCCCUAUAGCCACUUCAAUGGUACAGAACAUAAACAGAGAGAUGCAGGGAAGGCAACAACAUCGUCCUCAACAGCAACAAAUGAACCAACACCUUCUAAAAGAAAAAGUCGGACAUGGGAAUAUGCAACCUCAGCAAAUGCAGCAACCUCAACAGCAGCAGUAUCAUCCGCAAAGUCUUUUAAAAAAACAACCAGUUCAGCAGUCUUUGACUCAAUUAUCAUCAGAUCAACAAAACUCUCAAAUGCUGCCAAGAUAUCAGUUUCAGACACAGCCGGUUCGUUCUAGUCCUCAACAGCAGAUGGUUCAACCGUCCCAAGAACAUAGUCCACUGAUGAAUGUUCCUAACACACAACAGAAUCAUCCAACACAACGACAACAUAUGGUAGAGCAACGAGCUUUUAGGGUGUCAUCGUCUCCGCAGAACAAUAUCGCUAGCUUUCAAGAAAGGCCACAAAGGCAGCAUCAAUCUGGAAACUUCAAAGCGGCUGGAUCAAGUUUGUUGGCUACUCAAGGUCAUCAAGAAGUUGGAAAAUCUCAACCAAUAAUGUCACAACAAUACCGGCCCGCAGCUUCAGUCGUCGUGCCCUCACAAAGGCAGCAUCAACCUAGUAACUUCAAUACGCCUGGAUCAAGUUUCUUGGCUACUCCAGUUCAAGAAGUUGGACAAUCUCAACCAAUGAUGUCACAACAUUACCGACCGAACAUGCAACAGCAGAAGACUCAGAAAAGAAGCUCACAACAAUACUUGGACUCUUCACAGAUGUUUCAAGCUGCUGCAAGUUCCUUGAACCAAACUCAAAACAUAGCAAACCAACAGAUUCAUCCAAAUCAAUCACAGAGAGCUCCUCUGGCAAAUCCAUCUACAUCUCAAGAUUCAGUGAAUGCCACUGGUGACUGGCAAGAGGAGACCUAUCAGAAGAUAAAAGCCAUGAAAGAGAAGUAUCUACCAAUCUUGAUUACAAUACACAGUAAAAUUAUGCAGAAAUUGCGUCAGAUUGAAUCUCUUCCGCCAGAAAAGAUGGGAGAUGAGCCGAUUCCAAAGAUAAAGGCGUUCAAAUCAUCGAUUGAACAUGUUAUGGUUUUCUUGAAUGUGACUAAGAACAGUGUAACAGAGAAGCACAGAGACAAGUUUGAUCUGUAUGAGGAACACAUAUUGAAGCUGACCAAGAACCACACCAUAAUUAGAAAGUCAAUGCAGCAGCAGCAACAAGGACAGUUUACUACACAAAGUGCUCAAGUCAAUAUGUCGCAGUCUCUUGAGAAAGAUCAAAUGAAGUCACAGUUGAUGUCAAGUAACCAAAUUGGAGCCUCGCCUUCAGUAUCAGGCCCUAGGUUGACAUCACAGACAGCUUUGUUGCAGACAAGACAGAAGUUGGAACCAAGAGACGAGAGCAAGAUUGUGGCCUCCUCAGGAAAUGUCAUGUUACACUCGAAGACUAAUCCGGUCCAGUCUAGUAUGUUUCUGCCAAGGCAGCAAAAGCAAACUCAUCAUCGCCAGACACAACAACCGCAAUCUCGUAGGCAGCAGCAACAACAACAACAACCACAACAAGAGAAUCAAAAGCUUCAGAUACCGAGUUCACAUGAGAUGAAUGAUGUGAGGAUGAGUCAAGGGGUCAACAUCAAAACUGAGUUGCUUCAGCAACACGUUUCAUUGAGUCAGCACCAGCUUACAAAGGGAAUAUCUAAUGUCUCACCAUCUGCUCAGAUACAGUACAACUCUUCUCCUCAGUUAGUGGACAAAACUAAAGCCUCAUCGAAGUCUUGUGGCUCGCCUUUUGUUUCUCAAUCUGCAAUUCCUGGGGAUUCUGAAAACCCUAUAUCUGUGGAAUCUCCAGUUUCACAUGCUGAAUCUCUGGAUUGUUCUGUAAAACUUGGCACACAUGACGAGCCUCCGUUUAAAAUUCUUCCUGAGCAGCCUAUUGAUCGACUGAUAAGAGCGUUUAAAACAAGAUCACCAAGAUCCUUGGAACAAUCUGUAAAUGAGAUGGGCUCAAUCAUGGGUAUGGUUGACAGGAUGGCAGGAUCGUUCCAUCCGGAUGGAGGAUCUCGCGCUGGUUUAGGAGAGGACUUGAGUUUCGAAACAAGAAACUUCACGACAGAUGAACAAGAAGAAUAUCCGAGUAAGAGAUUUAAGCGCUUAAUCAGCGCUGACCCUCAAGAUAUGGCACCAGAAACUGAUUGGUAUAACCAGUUCAGUAGUCUUGAAUCUGAAUUUGAUUUCGCGGUAGCAUCUGGCCCGAAAGCUAACGAGAAUGAGCCCGGCUCUGCCCUCUUGCAAGAAAUCAAAGAGAUAAAUAGGAGACUUAUAGAGACAGUGGUUGAAAUAUGCGAUGAAGACACUUUAGGAACAAUUGUGACAUGUUCUUAUGUCCCUGUGGCUCUCAGUGCUCAAUUCAAAGAUCAUUACAAUUCAGGAAAAAUUUCACAGAUUCAACCUUUACGCUUGCUAGUUCUUGGGGAUUACCCAUAUAGUUCCCCGAUAAUUCUCGAGGAAUUCUCCUUGGACACAAGUGUACACAGUUAUGAGGAUUUAUCCGCGAGAACCAGAUCGAGGUUCAGUUUUUCCUUGAAGGAACUUUCAGAUCCAAAUCCAAUUUCUCUGGAAGACAUAGCUCAAAUGUGGAAUGAUAGUUCGAGAGCGACAAUGAUUGAGUAUGCAGAGCGGCACGGUGGAGGCACUUUCAGCUCCAAGUACGGUGCUUGGGAAACUGUUCUAAGAGCUUCAUGAAUCGAUACUUUCUUUUUUGCUGACUCACCGAGAAGGUCUUGAGACUUUGCAUAUAUGUAAAACUUAGGUGGAAAGCUUUUAGCCCAAGUUAGGUUUUAUUAUAUUGCUUGUGAUAUAAGUAACAUUAAUUAUGUCUGGUUUUUUUUUUUUUUUUUGGUGUUUAAGUACAUUAUGUUUUUAAGUGAGGGGCUCAUGUUGUGUUCUUUGUACGUGUUAACACUACAUUCUUCAAAACUGAGAGU